AUGGUUUUGUUCAGUGAUGCAGCACCAUAUAUUGCUACAAAACAAGGUGUUACUGCAAUUAAAUUCAGCAAAGACAUUUUAGAAGCAAUAGAAGAUGAUCUUGACAUUGAUGAAAAGAUAUCUGUUUUAUUCUUGAUGAUAACUGAUUAUACUGAUAGUUUUCAAGAAGUUUAUCAUUUGUUGCAAAGACAUAAAGAACAUAAAACAUAUGUACUUAAAGAAUUUAUUAAUAAUCAUGAAGAAAAUUGGAAGAAUAAGAUUUUGGAAGCAAUAUGUAUUAUACAAAAUCGACAAAUUAUAAGGAAACUAGGAAUAUCAUACAGUGAUUUAGAACUAUUGUAUUUACCUAAUAAUAGGCUGUGUUCAAGAAACAUAAACCUGGUUGCUAAGUGCCUAUACUUGUUAUGUGAAGAACUAACAGAAGAUGAAAUAACAUUAUUAUUGCAGUAUGUUAAAAGUGAUUUAAACAAAUAUGAAGAAAGUUUAAACGAUAUACGUUAUCUUGAAUUACAUAUGUUAUAUUGGAUACAAGAGAAAUAUAUAUCAGUUUACUCAGGUGGUAAAGCAAAUCUAAAAAAUUUGCUUAAACAUAUAAAGCGAUUUGAUGAUUUAGGAUUAAUUUAUGAAGAUCUGAAAGGGCAUGAUAAUCAUCAGAAUGUUUUAGAUGUUCAGAAUGCAAACUGUGCUAGUGCCUCUCAUUUAGAAACAUUUUCCAUGAGAGAGGAUAUAGUAUUCUCAAGUGAUCAAGAGGAGGUGAAAAAAAUAAAGAAAGGACUUUGCAUAAUUAUAAGUCAAAUGGUUUUUUUGGGACAAAAGUUCGAAACUCGAUAUGGAACCUUAUCAGAUUGCAUUAGGUUAUCAGAAACCUUUAAAGGAUUUGGUUUUACCAUUGAAUUAUUUCAUAACUUAAAAAAAGAUGAAAUGCUUAAACAAUUGGAAGACAUCGCAAAAGUAUUUGGAACUGAUUACGACUGCCUAUUUGUAUGCAUUUUAACGCAUGGAUGUAAAGGAGGUAUUAUUAGUUCAGACGAACAAGAAAUUAGUCUUGAAGUAAUUGAGCAUACUAUUUGCUGUGAAGAAUUAAAAGAUAUUAUUAAAAUUGUUAUUAUACAAGCUUGUCAAGGACAAGCAACAGGGCAAGUGAAGGAAAAUUUAACUACAGAUGGUGGCAAUAGUUUCAAUACUUCAAAUAUUUUACAAUAUAGAAACUUCUGCAUAUUCAUGUCAACAAUGCAAGGUUUUGUAUCUGUGCGCCAUAAAGAAGAAGGUUCGUGGUUUAUACAAGAACUGUGUAAUGUAUUACAAACUGAAGGAUCUAAGACAACUUUUAUGAAAGUUACCAAUAAAAUAAUUCAGUCUGUCAUACAAAAGAGAGGAAAAUUAAGUGGAACAACUUCUGUUGCACAGUUACCUGAAUUACGCCCGUAUAGGCUACUAACAGACUUUCAGUUACCAGAAUACAAAGUACUGAAAUACUAA